UCUCUCUCUCUCUCUCUCUCUCUCUCUCUCUCUCUCUCUCUCUCUCUCUCUCUCUCUCUCUCUCUCUCUCUCUCUCUCGUAGCAAAGCUAUGGAUUUUCUGCACAAGUUCUUGGGCAUCGCAUCACCUCCCUUGAUGCUCAUUGUGUUCUCUAUCACUUUGGCCCCAUUUCUCUUUCUCAAGUUUCUUUAUUUCUUAAAAAGAUCCAAAUACAGUGAAAACGUGGCGGGCAAAGUAAUACUCAUUACUGGAGCAUCUUCUGGAAUUGGUGAGCAUGUUGCCUAUGAGUAUGCUAGGAGACGAGCUUGUUUAGCCCUUAUUGCAAGAAGAGAGGACCGUCUUCAAGAAGUUGCAAAUAGAGCCCGACAACUUGGAUCCCCAGACGUUAUUGUGGUACCUGCAGAUGUUUCCAAGGUUGAAGAUUGCAAGCGUUUUGUUGAUGAGACAAUGAACCAUUUUGGACAAUUAGAUCAUUUGGUGAACAACGCUGGAGUAACACAAAUUGAAUUAUUUGAAGAUUUCAUCCAAAUCUCUGAUAAUGCUUCCAUUAUGGACAUAAAUUUCUGGGGUUCAAUAUAUAGCACCCACAAUGCAGUUCCACACUUGAGAAAAAGAAAGGGAAAGAUUGUUGUACUUGCUUCGACUGCAGGAUGGUUGGCUAUGCCAAGAUUGAGUUUCUACAAUGCAAGCAAGGCAGCCCUGAUAUCCUUUUUUGAGACAUUGAGGGUUGAACUUGGUUCGGAUAUUGGAAUAACAAUUGUGACUCCUGGAUUGAUUGAGUCAGAAAUGUCAGAAGCCACAAAAUUAUCAAAGGCUAAAGCAACCUGGAUCCCAGCUAAGUCAACAGAAGGGUGUGCCAAGGCAAUUGUGGCCAGUGCUUGCAGGGGAGAUAUGUACUUGACUGACCCAUCUUGGAUGAAGGUGCUGUUUUGGAUGAAAAUCAUGUGUCCUGAAGUAUUAGAAUGGUGUUUACACUUGACAUUUGUCAAGAGGCACCAGACUUCAAAAGACUCCUAACUACAAUAUUUGGUGUUUAAGCCAAUAAAUUCUUCAACACAGCUUCAAUUUAAUCUCCACACAUGAAGGCAUAUAAAAAUCAUGAAGUCAAGCAGAGCUAAUGGGCUUCAAUUUAGAUAUUAUACCUUUAAAGUUUAAUAAAAUUGUCACCUUGAUAAAUUAUAUCAAUAUCUGUUUAUGAAGCACAUAACUUGUCUUUU